AGUAACGUGGUGGGGAUUGGGUAAGCAGAGCUGUAAGGAAGACGAGAUGGAUCUCGAUGUGCUAAACAUGUUUAUAAUAGCCGGAGGCACUCUGGCCAUCCCUAUUCUGGCAUUUGUAGCAUCCUUCCUCCUGUGGCCUUCAGCACUGAUCAAAAUAUAUUACUGGUAUUGGCGCCGAGCACUGGGCAUGCAAGUUAGAUAUGCCAACUAUGACGACUACCAGUUUUGCUAUUCUUACCGGGGGAGGCCUGGGCACAGACCCUCCAUACUCAUGUUACAUGGAUUCUCGGCGCACAAAGAUAUGUGGCAAUCUGUAGUCAAGUUCCUCCCGAAGCACCUGCACUUGAUUUGUGUUGAUAUGCCUGGCCAUGAGGGCACUACCCGGUCAUCUCUAGAUGACUACUCAGUUUAUGGGCAAGUGAAAAGAAUACACCAGUUUGUUGAAUGUAUCAAUCUGAACAGAAAACCCUUUCAUCUAGUAGGCACGUCAAUGGGUGGAAAUGUGGCAGGCGUUUAUGCUGCUCAAUACCCAGCAGACAUCUGCAGUUUAUCUCUUGUGUGCCCUGCAGGAUUACCGGUUUCCACAGAAAGCAAAUUAAUUAAGCAGCUGCGGGAGAUGACUGAAUCUAAGGCAUUGGACAGGAUCCCAUUAAUUCCAUCCACCCCCGAGGAAAUGGGAGACAUGUUAAAGCUCUGCUCUUAUGUUCGCUUUAAAGUCCCCAGGCAGAUACUGCAGGGCCUCGUUGAUGUGCGCAUACCACAUAAUGAUUUUUACCGAAAACUAUUUUUAGAGAUUGCGAAUGAAAAGUCAAGAACCUGUCUUUAUGAAAACAUGAGCAAGAUCAAAGCCCCAACACAGAUCAUCUGGGGAAAGCAAGAUCAGGUGCUGGACGUUUCUGGAGCAGAUACUUUAGCAAAAUCAAUUCCUGACUGUCAAGUACACAUUUUGGAAAACUGUGGACACUCGGUAGUCGUGGAACGGCCCAGGAAAACAGCGAAGCUCCUCCUGGAGUUCUUAGCUACUGUCCAGAAUGCAGAAAACAACAAGAAACUGGCUUGAACUUUCAUUGUUGAGUUGAACCCUUAAUAUAGAUGUUUCAGUUGUGGUGAAAUUCUCAGGGAUCUUGUACAGAACUUGGUGACCGUGCCAAAAUCCCUGAAGAAAUAUGAAAAUUUGAUCUAUGACUUCGUAGUUCUGCCAGUGUAGUGACUCAGAGGACACUGAGCUGUGUUCAGAAUAUGGUUACUCUUGGUA